AUGGAAAGUCUGCAAAUAGCUAGCUGGAAUGUAAAUGGGUGGAAGAAGAGUUGUGAGUUAAUAAAGCAGAGAGAAGGUACAGUGGCCCAAUUUUUAAGAAAACUCAAAAUUGACAUUCUAUGUGUGCAGGAAACUAAAACGAACAACUCGAUCAUUGAAAAUGAAUUUAGCUUGUUAGACGCAUAUUCAAAUGAGUAUGAAACCUACUGGACGUGUUGUAAGAAGAUGGGGGGAGAGAAGAUGAAGAAGAAAGGGUACUCUGGGCUUGCUACUUAUGUGGGUCAUAAGGCUAAAAUAAUUUGUUGCUGUAGUGAUCCCUUUCGAAACUUUUUUUUUUCCAUGGAUGGCUUUUCUGAGGAGGACCUGCUGGUCUCGAGGCGCUUCCCGAGGGACAACUCUUCCGUGUCCUUUUACGCGCUGCCAGGGGGGAGCGGCCAGGUUAACGGCGAAGUUAGCGGUGGGCGGGGCGGCCAGGCACCGCGCCAAGUGAGCGACCUAUUCACUGAAGGAAGAGUACUCAUCACAGUCCACAAGCAGUUCGUCCUCGUGAAUGUAUACGCCCCCUACUCUGGGUGCAAUUACAACCGCCUCGAUUACAAAAUGAGGUUUCUCCAUGCCGUUCGAAGCAAGCUGCUUGAGUUGAGAAUAACGACGGGUCUGCCAAUCAUCCUCGUGGGAGACCUCAACAUAUCCUUCCGGAACAGAGAUGUGUACUACAUGAGCAAUGUAAUAAAUUUGAAUGAGCUGCAAAAAAAAAUAAACAAGGUGAGCAUACGACAGGAGCUGAAAGAGAGGGUGUGCAAGCAGAUACCACUCAUCAUGGAGACUCUGAGCAAGAGAGACAAUUUUGUAAUUAAGAAGCAUAAGGGAGAAAAUGGCGAGUCGUUUAAAUUGUACUUAAAUUUUAAGGGGGAAGUGAAAAGGGUUGGGGGGAGCUUUGCUUCCAUGGAAGAAAUUUUUUUUUUUUUUUCGUUGGACCCGGUGUUCGUGGAGGACAAGUACGCGGGGGUGUACCCGAACGACUUUUUCUUCUUCCUCCAGGGAGAAGAGAUGGACGGGGGCGGUGCAGACAUGGCAUGUGGACACGUAGACGAUGGACACGCCGAAGGUGGGGACAAGGCAGAGGAGACCCAUCACAGCCCCCACGAGGAGCGUGACAUGUACGAUUCCUUCGCCAAGGAAAAUGAAGACAUUUGCACUCACUUCAUGAACAAGGAAAUUCCCCCUGUAGAGGACUACCUCCUGCGGCGAGGGGACAACAACGUAAAGUAUAAUUUGAAGAAGAUCAGUACCCAUGGAGCGUGCAGAAGGAUCCUCGGUAGGUAUUCGUUCAAGAGUUGCAUGGAGGGAAGGUAUAAUGUGAAGAAGGCCAACACUCUCUACUUAAAGCAUUUAAAUGAUCUCUUUGUGGCGUUAGGAACGUUUUUUUCGAAGGAGGAUUUAUUAAACUUGGCAAAUGCCAUUGGGUAUUCUUCCUCCCCUGAGUGUUGCACCAAUUUUUUGAAGAACCUUAUUUGUGAAGACAAAAUGGUAGAUGCGUUUUCCUUUUUAUAUCCUUUCCUGAAUGGCAAGUUCACUUGCUGGGACACGUAUAAACAGCAUCGCAUGACCAAUGAGGGUUCUCGAAUCGAUUAUAUUUUUGUGGAUUUCAUUUUGUAUGCUCGUCUGAUCAAGGGGCACUCGCACUUGUACGCAUCUCCAGUUCUUGUGACAGACGAGCUUAGAGGGUUGUUGGGUGGGGUAGCUGAUGGUUCCCCCGGCAAGGGGACAAACAGGGACGAUGCCGACGUCACGCAUAAAGGGGUAGACGCGGAGCAGCGACGCUACCUGUGGGUGAAUUCCCCGGAGAACAACUGCUCCUAUGCCAACUACUUCAAUCGGUUGCGAAGAAAAACGGGUAGGACCCCCAUGGAGGACGAAUCGGUAAGCGAAGAGGAAGAAGACAUUUACCACUUCCAAUUUAAGCUGCGAAGUUACAUCGGCUUCAUCUACACGUCCCCUAGGCUCAGUGACCACAUAGCAGUUAACUGUACCUUCUUGACCAAGGCAAAGUUAGAAGGAAAAAGGGAAAGGAAAAAAAUACCCAUAUGUUUUUCAGGCGAACCUACCAUACCUCUUCUCAGCUGGUGUUCUUCAUCAGAGCAGUAUGCUUCCUUUUUGCCACUGUAUUUAAUUGAAACUCCGCUUUUUUCCGGGUACGCCUUCGAGCACUUAGACCCUGUUCAUGCGCAUGGCGGCACCUGUCCCAGCGUCGUGCGUGCACAGCCACACAAAAAGACGAACAAAAUAACGCAGUACUUUAGUAUAAAAAAGGGAAAGCGUUAG